AGGCGCCGCUCGCUGCUCUAGUAAAGAUGCCGUGCACUUCGUGGGUCUCGUGUUUGUGGAUUACUUUGCUGCUAAGCUGCACGGGCACGAUUGGCGCGAGAAGACCCGAGUCCUCCGGCUCACUAGGUAGCCUGUUCCGCGCUAGGUGUGCCGCGAGAUGCCUCAGCCUCUAUAACACUCGCAUCGCCUCCUCCUACAGAAUCGCGCAGGUGAACGGCUCUCUGGGCUGGUGCCAGGACCACAAGCAGUGUGCCAAGUGUUUGGAGCCAUGCAAGGACUCCUGGGAACUGCGGGAUGGGCCAUGUCGUGAUCUGUGUGAGGGGUCGUUUCCUAGGAAACACGGGGAGUGUGUGACGAGCUGCGAGUUCCUGCGCUCGGUGAUGGCGGAGAAGCAGGGCGAGUGCCCGGCGCCCGAGCGGGCCAGUGGCUUCGCCGCCGCCUGCGUGGAGAGCUGCGAGGAGGACGGCGAGUGCUCCACCCACAAGAAGUGCUGCUCCAACGGCUGCGGCCACACCUGCCAGCAGCCCAAGAACCUCUACAGGGGUGCUCCUCUGAAGCCGCGUAAGGAGCUGGCGUUCGAGGAGUUGCCGCGCGGCGGCCUGGAGGUGCGCUGGUCAUCACGCUUCAACGUGUCGGCCGAGCCCGUGGUGUACGUGCUGGAGCGCCGCUGGAACUACGGCAUCCAGCCCAGCGAGGACAGCGCCACCCCAUGGGAGGUGGUGGCACAGACCACGGAGGAGCGUGCCAGUCUACCUGACACACGGCCCGGCAGGUGGUACCAGUUCAGAGUCUCUGCCAUCAACGUCCAUGGAACCCGAGGACCCACCACGCCCAGCAGACACUACCGAUCGACAAAAGAUCCUGCUGCCCCCUCCACCCCUAGUGACCUCAGGCUGGUGAACUUGACCUUCGGCUCCGACGGCGCUCUGACUGCCCGCCUGGGCUGGGCAUCGCCCAGUGACCCCGACAUCCCUGUGCACCACUACAGGGUCUCCUGGAGCUGGACUGGGAACGCAGGGGCUGAGUCACCCUCGAGAGUCAAGCGCAGGAAGACUGCUACGGGGGACUCUGUGUGUGUGGAGGUGGAGGGCCUGAGGGAGGAGCGCAGCUACGUGGUGGAGCUGCAGGCGCUCUCCUACUGGGGCCAGCUGCCCCUCCGCAGCCCCCGCGCCACCCUCCGCUUCAGCACGCCCAGCAGACAAGCCACAGAGCCCCCGACUGACUGGGCCGCUGCUGGGAAACAGUCGUCUGACCUCAUGGAUGUGGGAACGCCGUUCUACCAGGACAGCCAGCUGCAGGUCCGAGUCUAUUGGAAGAGGAGAGAUACCUCCGCAGGGCGCUACCGUGUCCAGUGGACUCCUGAGGUCUGCAGCCAUAACCAGACCAGAACCACUGAGAAGAUCAACACCGAGGAGAACUUUGCCAGUCUGCCCAACCUGCUGUUCUCGUGCAAGUACUCAGUGACCAUCCAACCGGUGGGCAACAAGGGCCGCGCCCAGGCCGAGAGCACCAGCUUCUACACCCCGUCCUGUGCCACUCUCCGAGCCAAGAGCUCCAAACAUAUCUCCUGUCCUGGAGACAUAGUGGGCCUGUCUCUCCCUAAGACGGCCGCCCGGGCCGAGAACCUGACGGCGUCCUUCUCCGUCCACCAGGGGAACGUGACGGCGCUCUUCUCCUGGAGCGUGGCCCCGACCCGCCCGCCUCCGCCGGUCACCGGCUUCCAGGUCACGUGGACGGAGAUGAUGGGCGAGGGCCGCAAGAACGGCCUGCCCAACAGCCUGGUGUCCCAGUCGCAGAUCCUGCCCCCAGACCACAGGCUGCUGCUGGUGUCGGGGCUGCAGCCCGCGUCUCUCUACCGGCUGGAGGUGCAGGUGCUGACGGCCGUCGGGGAGGGACCGGCCACGCUCAGGACCUUCCAGACGCCCAACACGCCCAGAAGAGUGCAGCCUUACCGUCUGCGGCUGAAGAAGCACCAUGCCAAGGCGGUGGUGGAGCGCCACUGAGCCCCGACGCAGCCGGACAGCCCUCCUGGCCAGAGGAAGCGGAUCUCUGGCCACCCGACGGGACAGCAGGAGAGAGUGACCACCAAGAACCUCAACGACAGCAGAGUGGACGGAGGGACGGAGGGAUGGAGGGAUGGACGGAGGAGUGUGAAGCUGGGAGGCGGAGGAGUGGUGCAUCGUUCUGGUCGACAGGAUCUCUUCACCCCAUCCAUCUCACGUCACCCACGUCACCCACCCACCCACAACACUCUGCCCCUCUUUAACUCGGCAAAACCUCCAGUGCUCUCCAAGAUAACUGGACCUUUGGACAUGAUUGGUGUAAAACAAGAGUUUUUGGAAAAUUUGAAUCUAAUGUGUGACAUGCUUGCAAUGGAAUACUAACCCCGCCCCCCCCUACUUCCCAACACAUUUAACACAUGUGCGUGUGUGUGUUUGUGUGCGUGUGUGUGUGUGUGUGUGUGUGUGUGUGUGCUCCUCACCCUUUCUAUCACCACCACCCACCAUAGAGUUAGUGUGGAAACUGACCAGCACUUAGCUGACUCUUGUCACUUGACCAGACGCUGUGCAGAGGACAUCUUGAAGACCAGACGUUGCAUGCAACAGAGUGCUCGUCAGGGCGUAGUGAAAAUAAAGCGGUUGACUUGAUGUAGUUGUCCAAUGGUUGUGCAUGAUUUUAACAUCCCCCACCCCCAACCCUCCCAGUGAUCUGUUGGCAUGGCAACUUACCCUGCGUGGCCCCUCCCACUUUUGAAAUCACUUAUCGAAAUGAAAAAAAAAGUUUUAUAUGUGCUUAAUUUACUGUAGAAAAUAUCUGUUGCUAUGCAUUUAUGUAAUAAUUCCUGUAUAUACUUCAUGUCUAUAUUUAUUUAUGUAUGCAGUAUCAUAUUUGCUGUGGGUUUGUGACUGUUUUUAGAUGUGUCUGCAUAAUAUCUGUGUGAAUGUAUGUGCCUGUGUGAACAUCCCUAUGUGUGUGUGUGUGUGUGUGUGUGUGUGUGUGCUUGUGAAAGAGAGAGAAAGAGAGAGAAUGUUUGCUUCCCCUUAACACCCCCGGUGGAGUAUUUGUGUUUUUGUAUAAAGACAGUAGUGUUGUACAAUCCCUGGAAUCUUGUGUUCUGUACUAUAUUUUCUACCAUUAAAGUAAUCCUGGUUCCCAUGCUCCCUA